CUCAGUCACAGAAGCAAAGACCAAAGUAACUUUUUGUCAGGAGUCACAUCAUUUAGAACAGGAUACUGUCGACUAACGACACGUUAAUAGAAAUUGAAUCUAGACUAGACUAAAGUCAAGACUUUUGAUAAUAACAAUAAAGAUGGCAUCUGCUUCAUCAGCAUCAAUUCUUUUUGCUCUCUCCAAAAGACGGUCAACUUCUUCUCCACAAUUACAUUGUGAAGCUACAGACUUUUCAUCACUGACUGGAAUUCCAAAUGCAACAAGCACUUCUGCAUCUUCUUGGUCAGAUGGUAAUGGGAUCACUGUCAAUACAGUAGACAGGAAAAGCGUGAAGAUAAAUAACAUCACACAGGCAUCUGUGCAUUGGCUAGAGCCAAAGCAAAGGGCAGUUCUCCAAGAUGUUGUAGACCCAGUGGUGAAACCCAAGAAGUCUGCAUUUGUUCAGAUGAGAGGAGGUAGCAGUGACAGAGAAAGUUCAUGUCGACCUGGUGAAAGACAGCUCAGACCGGAUUCUGAACUGCUAUGUUGCAAUGAGACAAUUCAUUAUCUCCAAGGUAGUGAUUCUGAAUCAGAGACCUCUCCUGGAGGGUCACCAAGACGGAAAUCGCACACUGGUAUCAAGCAAAAAUAUCAAAGUAAAAAACUGAAGAGGUUUAGUAAGGCAGCUAGUCAGAUAUUUUCGAAACUGAAACUAGAAUCCAAAAGUAUAAGAGGAAAAGACAGGAGGAAGCACACUGAUAAAAGCGACGAUGACUCCGAUGAUGAAGAUGUACUACCAAUCUCAAGGAGACGUUCAAGGUCAUUGACCAGCAGGGUAAUGAAACGAUUUGGGCACAAGGAUGAAGAUGUUACACACGAAAGCUCUGAUAGUCCCAAGGCUGAUGCAACCACAGUCAAAAGCACAUCGAUGUCUUCUGAUGAGAAAGAAAAGCAAAAGAUAAAGCAUAAAAAACAAGCCACAAAAAGGUCUUCCUCUUCAAGCAGGCAUAGAAAAUCACGACAAUCCCCGCUUGUUAAUUUUGCAAAGUUUGAUCCAGAGAAGUAUCCCAUUGAAUGUACCGAAGAAAUCGAAAGAGCAGUGAGGGAAAGGGAAAUAGAGGAGGGAAUUUCUGUUGCUGCAAUCGAUUCACAUGUACCCAUCUCCCCAGGUGCAGUCGUACCAGCAUCUGAUAUACUUGCUCGUCUGCAAAGAACAACAGUACCAGAUACCUGUAUGACAGUAACCACAUUGCCUGAAGCCGGUGAAGCAAGUUCAAGCUCUUACCAAGUUGUUGAUGCUCCAACACAUACCACAGAAGAUAUCUAUGAUCUUUAUGGAUCGUUGACCCCAUCAGGAACCUUCAUACCUCGUACUGUUCAUACUCAGAUUGACUACAUGCAUUGUCUCGUCCCUGAUCAGUGGAACAUCAUGAAGUCUCCUUACUAUUGGGGUAAAAUUGAUCGAUACGAGGCAGAUAUGUUGUUAGAUAACAAGCCAGAAGGUACAUUUCUCUUGCGGGAUAGUGCCCAAGAAGAGUUCCUCUUCUCUGUCAGCUUUUGCAGGUAUGGACGCACCCUUCAUGCACGGAUAGAACAAUGGAAUCACAAAUUCAGCUUCGACGCUCAUGACCCAGGAGUUUAUUCUUCGGACACCAUCUGUAGCCUCCUCGAGCACUAUAAGGAUCCUAAUUAUUGUAUGUUCUUUGAGCCAAUGUUGACCAAUCCACUACCUAGGGCCAAUCCGUCAUCUUUGAUGGAGCUCAGUAGGGCAAGGGUAUGCCAGCAUGUUUCAUACGAUACCAUUAGCUACCUGAAGUUGCCAAACAGUCUGAAAGAAUUCUUGAGGGAGUAUCACUACAAGCAACGUGUACGCAUCAGGAGGGUGGAGGUUGACAUGCCUCAAAUUCCAGAGGCUAAGCAAAGCAUUGUUACAAAUACUUGCAUCUCUAGGUGAGGUGCAUCUUGGUCAAAUUUUUUAUCUGUACAUUGUGUGAUAAUUUGAAAUUAUGUACUGUAUCUCAUACAGGCUACAUGUACAGUUAUACUAGAACUGUACAUGUACAUUGUAAAGGAUGUUAAUCGUUUUUAAAUCU